GCCCAGAACCGAAAGCAGCUGCGGGAAGCGGGGAGGAAGGAGAGGCGGCUGCAGGGCUGGGAGGUGAGAGCCCGGCCCGGAAUGUCCGCCCGGCCGCUGCGUGCGGGCCAUGGCUCUGCGGCUGGUCGCCCACUUCGACGUGCGGGCGGACGUGCUCCCGAGUCUGGUGGCCCAGGCGGCGACAGCGGCCGAAGCAGGAGACACAGGUGUUUUAGAAACAGCUUAUGAGAGUUUACGUGUACUAAACAUCGAAAGAAAUGGAAACAUUAUUUAUACCUAUAAGGAUAAUAAGGGAAAUUCUGUCUUUGGACUGUAUGACUGCCAAACCAGACAGAACGAGCAUCUGUAUACCUUUGAGAAGGACAUGCAAGCUGUCAGCUGCUCUGUCAACAGCGAGAGAACUUUGCUUGCUGCAAGUUUUGUUCAGUACACUAAAGAAGGAGUAAGGAGUGAGUUUCAUCCGGGAUCCAAGUGCUUAACUUUGCUGGUUGAAAUCCAUCCUGUGGACAGCGUGAAGGUUCUGAAAGCAGUGGAUAGCUGUAUUUGGGUCCAGUUCCUCUACCCACACGCUGAAAGUCAUCAUCUACAGAACCACCUGCUACUGAUUUCAGAAGAGAAAUAUAUUGAGCGGUUUAAUAUCCAGAUCACCAGAGAAGAUGGAAACAGAGCGGUAAUCAGAAAUUCUAGCCAUCUUCCAAAAGACAGAAUAGCUGAAGAUUUUGCUUGGGCUCAGUGGGAUAUGUCAGAGCAGAGAUUAUACUACAUUGAACUGGAGAAGUCAAAGAGUGUCUUGAGAUGCAUCCAGUUUUGGCCAGAUGAGAGCUUUACUUUAAUGUUUGAAAUGCCCUUGGACAUAUCAUUGAGUGGCUUAAGAUUUAAAUUUGUCAACUUUGGAUAUGAUUAUCAUCAAGACCAAGAAAAGUUAUGCAACCAGCCUUCUCUGUGCGUUUUUACCAACCACACAGGCAGUUUGUGUGUGUGCUACAGCCCAAAGUUUGACUCUGGGGAAGAAAUCACAUAUUCAGUGUUUUACCUUCAUAAAGGGUACAGAAAGACCUUCACUUCUGCUCCUGGGAGUGCCGGCUCACACGUGACAAAGGGAAUUACUUUUCUCAACCUUGGAUACCUUGUGGCUGUUUACUUCCCUGGCCAUUUCCUUCAUUUACUUAAUAUUCAGCACCCAGACUUGAUCUGCCACAGUCUGUUUCUGACAGGAAACAACAAAAUGGCUGCUGUGCUACCUCCCAGUCCCUUACAGUCCCUGCCGGGGUCCCUCAUACUGGACUGCUCUUCUGGAAAGGUCUAUAGAGCAACCCUUGACCAGUCGUACCUGCUGUGGUUCCUAUGGAACGCCGCCCACCUGGACUGUGAGAAGAUGGCUGCAUUGCACUGUGCACUCUCGUGUGGUCAGGACCCAGGUUUCCAGGAAGACCAGAUUAUUCAGUGGGUUUGUGAACAUGUCUCUGGCUGCCAUUCAUUUGACCUCAUUCAGGAAUUUCUAAUUGCUUCUUCCUACUGGAGUGUGUAUCCAGAGCUGGUUGACGUGGACAUGCUCUUACCACACUCCUCUGUGCUGACUUGGAACGAGGAAAUUCCUGGAAUAAUGCUUGUGACAGAAGAGCUCCCGUUGCUUCUUAUGAAGGUCUACAGCUUGACAGGGUACUGGGCAAAGCUGAACUCCAACCUCGAGUACGUCAAGUAUACGAAGCCUCACUUACACUAUCACAACAGUGUUGUGAGGAGAGAAUGGCAUAACUUGAUCUCUGAAGAGAAAACGGGAAAAAGAAGGUCCACGAUGUAUGUGAGGAACAUUCUUGACAAUGCAAUAAAGGUGAUUUCUAACAUGGAAAUAAGGACAUUGGAGCCAAGGUUAAUACCCCUCUUACAAGAGGAAGAUAGGCACCAGAGGCUGCUCAUUGGCCUGAUGGUGUCUGAGCUAAGAGACCAUCUAGUGAGACACCUCCAGGGUGUAGAAAAGAAGAAAAUUGAACAGACGACUCUGGACUACAUUUCAAAACUGCUGAAUCUCAUUUGGUGCAUGCUGGAAACCAUCUGGAGAAAACACAGUGUGCAUCCGUGGGUUCUCCACCUCAAUAACCGUGGCAGUGCAGCGGAUUUUGAAGUUUUUCACCUCAUGACCAGAAUUUUGGAUGCUUCUAACAAUCUGUGUUUCCCUCUGCCUCCUGGUUUCCACUCCCUGCACAUGAUUCUUGGGGUUCACUGUCUCCCUUUGUACAACCUGCUGCACUACAUUGAUAAUGGGGUGCUGUUGCUCACUGAGACAGCGGUCACAAUGCUUAUGAAAGAUCUGGACAAUUCAGAGAAAAAUGAAAAGCUAAAAUUCAGCAUCAUUGUGCGGCUGCCUCCGCUUAUUGGCCAGAAGGUCUGCCGGUUUUGGGACCAUCCCAUGAGUUCCAACAUCAUUUCACGGAACCAUGUGGCACAGCUGCUGAAGAACUACAAAAAAGAGCCUCGAAACUCUAUGAUUGGCAAGUCAUCAUUCCCAACAGAAUUUCUGCCUCUCAACUACUUCAUUGAAACUCUGACAGGCCUAGAGUCCUCCCACCAAGCUCUGUGUGAUUUUGAAGGACAAGACAAUGUGGACGCAGAAUUUGUAGAGGAAGCUGCUCUGAAACACACCAUGGCGCUUUUGGGUUUAUAAAGUUGAUGUGCAGAUGCCCUGUUUUCAUUGUUUCAAUACCGUUGCCAGCUGCUUUUCCUGGGACUUCCUCAGCAGCCUUUAAGACUGGAAACAGGUCAGAAUAUGUUGCAGAGAUGUUUGGGCUUCAGUUUAGUUUAUGCUCAAACAGAGCCAGAAGCUACAUCUCUUUCCAGUGUGAGCAGCCAGUGAACAGUCAAACUCAAAUAGUUUGAGACUUUGUACUGUGGCAGGGACAAUGCUCUUCCUGGUGGCUCAGCAGGUUGGGAACUAGUUCUGUUGCACCCCAGAGUCAAAUAAAAAAACCUAGGAAACAAUGCUUAGAACUGGAAGAGCUAGAUGGAUUACUGGAUAAACAUCAAACAAGCAGAUAAAUUAAAUGUUGUAAAGAGGACUUAAGAAGAACCUGGAUUCAGACUAAACAAAACCUGCUAUUUCCAGCAUGGAGUAAUUGUGAUGAAUCAUAUUUGUACAUAUGCGACUUAUAGCAGCCUUUGUGGUGGUUCAGAUAGACUUAUUUAAUUUUUAUAUUUAUGAAAGUUUGAGUUAGUGAUAUCUUUUCAUUAAAAAUGACCUCUGACACUGAA